AUGGACGACCAAUUCAAUAUCUUUAAAGACGCCAAUUCCCGCUUCGAAGGCGCAAUUUGCAAGAGCGAAAUCACUACCAAGUACUUCCCAACGCUUGUAAUCCCGCAUAACUUCCGAGGUGGCUGCGUUCGCUACUACCAAGGUAUUGAUAUGACCGGUGUAGUCACCGAAGUCGACAUCUUCUUCCCCAAUGUCAAAACAGCCUGCGACUGCAUCGCCGCCUGUCUCACCGCCUCCGCAUCUUGCACCAAUUGGGUCUGGAAACAUACUGGUAAUCCUCUCGAUGGUGGUCGUCGCUCCUGCACCCUUUAUUCCUCCCCCAACUUACCCUCGGGUGUCAUUCUGGACUAUAACUUGGCAUUGAGUUCUGGAUUUCAGUUGUUACAAGAUGCCAACAAUCCUCAAGUUGGUGGGGGAGCACCUAUUACCGCUUUGGCGAAUGGGCAACCAGAUCCAUUUGGGGUGAGCGGAUUUUUGACGCAGGAUGCUAAUGGGCUGUUGUAUUGCUGA